UUUUUUUUUUUUUUUCUGGGUUUUUUGGUUGGGAACUGGGAAACCGUGGGAGAUGAAGGAAAGUUGAAAUUUGGAGGUGGAGGUUGGUUGAUUGAGUAUAGUUUGGGGAGUUUGCUCGGCUGAGUUGGGUGGUUUUGUUGUUGAUUUCUUUGGUGGUUGCUGAGAAAAUGCUGGUAAAUGAUGGGAAAGUGUAAGUUUUAGAGCUUGAUUUUUGGUUUUUUGAGGAGAAGGGUUGGUUGGUUGAGGUUGCUUGUUUUGUAUCAUCUAUGCAGGUAUCGCUGUGAACAUCUCUUGUGCUGACAAUUAACUACCAUAGUGUUUUCUUCUGUAAAGCUCAAUGGUGCCGAACGGCUAGGGGAGCUAUGGACUGUUUUCAGACUGUUACUCAUCUUAAAGGAUCCCUGUGUCAGGUGUUCUUAUUAUUCAUCACCUGGUUGUUUAGUUUCCAAGAUGUAGUGGCAUUGCAGACUGUGCUUGAGCCUAGUCAUGUUUCUUCCACGUCUGAGUUGGCUAAUCCUCCUAGCACUGGACUGUUUGAACCUAUAGAAAUAUCACCAGCUGUAUUUCCACAUUAUCCAUAUACUGGUGAAACUUUGCCACCAAUGUACCCGACUUUUCCUACUACAUACGAACCAAAUUUAACUGGGCGAUGCCCUGUAAAUUUCUCUGCCAUGUCAAUUAUCAUGGACAAAACAGCAACUGAUUGUUCUCAACCUUUAGCUGCACUUGUAGGAAAUGUAAUAUGUUGUCCGCAGCUUGGUAGUUUACUUCACAUAUUCCAGGGUUUCUACAGCAUGAAAUCUGAAAAUUUGGUCUUGCAAAAUGCGGUUGCUAAUGAUUGUUUUUCAGAUAUCAUUAGUAUAUUAGCUAGCAAGGGGGCCAACAGCACAAUUCAUACACUCUGUUCUGUGACAUCAUUGAAUCUCACUGGUGGUUCUUGUCCAGUUAAGGAUGUUAUUAGUUUUGAGAAGACAGUAAACACAAGCAAAUUACUGGAGGCCUGCAGCACUGUUGAUCCUCUUAAAGAGUGUUGCAGACCAGUUUGUCAACCUGCCAUUAUGGAGGCUGCUCUGCAGAUUUCAGGAUCAUCAUUAGCAAUUAAUGACAAUAAAAAUCUAGUUGGAGGCUCAAAUCAUGUUAAUGCGCUAAAUGACUGUAAAGGGGUUGUAUACUCGUAUCUUUCUAGUAAAUUGUCAGCAGAUGUCACCAACACUGCAUUCCGAAUAUUAUCGGCCUGCAAAGUUAACAAGGUUUGCCCAUUGGAGUUUAAGCAGCCUUCGGAAGUAAUUAAAGCAUGUCGUAAUGUAGCGGCUCCUAGUCCUACGUGCUGUAGCUCGCUGAAUACCUAUAUUGCAGGAAUACAGAGGCAAAUGCUAAUCACAAAUAAACAUGCCAUAAUCUGUGCUGCAUUUUUUGGGUCUAUGUUACGGAAAGGAGGGGUUAUGACAAAUGUCUAUGAGCUCUGUGAUGUCGACUUGAAAGACUUUAGCAUUCAAGCAUAUGGACAACAAGGAUGUCUGCUUCGAAGCUUGCCUGCAGAUGUGGCAUUUGACAAUUCAACAGGCUACAGCUUCACAUGUGACCUAACCGACAACAUUGCAGCUCCGUGGCCUUUAUCAUCCUCAAUGUCAUCCUUGUCUCUGUGUGCUCCUGAGAUGUCAUUGCCUGCCCUCCCAACAUCGGAAACUUUUAAGAAUCAUGGUUGUAGCGGUUGUGUGUUGGAAGUCCUUGUUCCCAUUUUUUCAUUUUUUGUUUUCAGUGCAUUAUUGUGCUGAAGAGUUAGUAGAGGGUCGAGCUGAGUUGGUUUGGAAUAGGGGCUUUUUGGUAAUCAGACUGUGUGGGGGAUUUUACAUGUAUAUUUUUGAGUAAGCCUUUUUGUAUAGCAGAUGUUUUUACCCUAUUCCACUUUCUUCCUGAUGUUUGCACUUUCGUUCUCUCUUUUUCUCUCUAUUUGGGCUCUUAAUUUU